AUGAAAGAUCGUUCCUUGACGAAUGUGGAUGAAGCAGAGGCUGACACUCCUUUGCAUUUAACUCAUCCUCCGAAUCAUCAUCACCAACUGUUGCAUCAUCAAAACACAAAUCUCACAUCUCCACAGACAUCGGAAAAGAAUGUUCAUGAUUUUUUGAUGGAUUUACAUAAUGAUGAUAAAAGGGAAUUAGAAACUGAAGAUCAUAAAAAACAAUCCGAGCCAUCAUCAUCAUUAAUUAAUGCUUCUCCAACAAUAUCCUCAUCGUCCUCUUCUUCACCAUCUUCUUCAUCAUCAACACAACUACCACAGAAUGGAAACAACAUUAGUAAAAACAUUAAAAAUCAUAGAAAUGAGAAUUUACCAACAGUUUCACCUCCUAUCUCAGGAACUGCUACGGGACGUUCUCCCGAUGCUUUUAUUCAAUCCAAAUUUGAACAAGAACGUAAUUCUAUUUCUCAAUUAUUUUCAUCAUUGGAUAAAAACAAAAAAGGUUUUGUAACAAUUGGAGAUCUGGAACAAGCUCUCAAGAAGGAAGGUCUAGACUCAAAAUAUAAUCCAGAUCUUUCAUGUAUUAUUCAACAAUUAGCGGCAACGAUUGUGAAUGGAAUGCAAAGUGAAAAAACUUUAACCAUUUCAGACAUUACGGAAGAAUAUAGAAACUUAGAAAUUGAUUUUGACACAUUUUACAAUAUCAUCCAAGAGAAGGACAAUAUCAUUAGCAGAGCACUAACUGGAAGGUUAGCUAUUACUGAUUGGAGAAAUUUUUGUGCAGAAAUUGAGAAAAUUUUUGAAGAAACAAGACCCUUAACGGAUGGAAAUGUAGCAACCUACAUUCCACAGUUAGCAGAGGUGAAUCCAAAUUAUUACGGACUCAGUAUUUGUACGGUAGAUGGUCAGAGAUUUUCUCUCGGAGAUUGUGACGUGGAUUUUACAAUUCAAUCUUGCUCUAAAGUAUUUACCUAUUGUUUAGUUUGUGAAGACAUAGGAGCUGAUAAUGUCCAUCAAUAUGUUGGAUUUGAACCAAGCGGUGUUUCAUUUAACGCCUUCACAUUAGAUGAACACAAUAAGCCUCAUAAUCCAAUGAUUAAUGCCGGUGCAAUAACAGUUUGUUCCUUAGUGAAACCAGAACUGCCACCUUCAAAACGAUUCACUUAUAUUUCCAGCAAAUUUUCGAGGUUUGCUGGUGGGAGUAAGAUUGGUUUUGACAAUGCAACAUUUUUGAGCGAGAAAUCAACAGGUGAUCGAAAUUUUGCUCUUGCCUAUUAUAUGGAGGAAAAUAAUGUGUUUCCAGAAGGAACCAAUAUUGAAGAUACACUUGAUUUAUAUUUUCAACAGUGCUCUAUUUUAGUGAAUUGCAACAGCUUAGCUACAAUGGCAGCAACACUUGCAAACGGAGGUACUUGUCCUCUCACGAACGAAAUCAUUGUCUCUGCAGAUACUGUGAAAUGUGCCCUACAACUUAUGUUAUCGUGUGGAAUGUAUGACUUUAGUGGAAAUUGGUCGUGCACUGUGGGCCUCCCAGCCAAAUCAGGAGUAGCUGGAGCAAUCUGUAUUGUUAUUCCAUCAGUGAUGGGAAUGUGUAUAUUUUCACCUCGUUUAGACAAAAGAGGAAAUAGUGUAAGAGGAGUUGAAUUCUGCAAGCGAGCUUCCGACAAGUUUGAAUGGAGCUUGUUCGAUCGAUUGGUUCCAAAUCCUGUUUGUCACUCGCCCUGCAUGGAUAACUCGAACACAAGUGAAAAGGAAUUAACAUCAAGUUUGAAUCAAGACCAAAAAACAAAACGAAAAAGAACUAGCUUUCAGCCUCUUGUCAUUGAACAAAGUUCCUUAAUUAAAAAACCAAAGCAAUAA